CAGCCGCACUCUUAUUUCUCUGCCGCAUUGGCUUAGGGUUUUCCAGAGCUCCCACCAUAUUUCUCUCCCACUUUCCCACCAUUUUAUUUACUUUUUCUCUCGUCCCAAACAUAUCAUUUGUGCCGAAUAUCAGUUUCAUGGAGCUGAAUAAGCACUAGGUUUCGUGGUUGCUGUUUACGGUUCGUAAAGCUAGGGUUCUUUCGAUUCGGAGCACAAAGGAAUGGCAACCAUGAACCCUUUCGAUCUCUUGGGUGACGACGACAACGAAGACCCGAGUCUGCUCAUUGCCGCUCAGCAGCAGAAGCUGGCGUCGCCGAAGAAAUCCCAAGCUCCGGUUCAACCCGCUGCUCAGCCGGCUAAGCCAGCGAAGCUUCCCUCCAAGCCUCUUCCUCCGGCUCAAGCUGUGAGGGAGACAAAGAGUGAAGUGGGGCGUGGAGGGGGCCGUGGUGGUGGACGUGGGUAUGCACGUGGACAAGGUGGUGGAUUUUCUCGGGAUUCAGUUAACAAGGAGAAUAACUUUGGCAACAACAAUGGAUUCUCUGGAGGGUACAGACCAACUGAAGAGGGAGAUGCGGGGAAGACCUUUGAGAGGCGUGGCUCAGGUGGGCCACGCAGUGCCUUCCGUGGUGGUCCUCGUGGCGGUUUUAGCAAUGGAGAGGAUGCUGAAGGAGAACGUCCACGAAGGAUAUAUGAGCGCCGCAGUGGGACUGGACGUGGUAAUGAGAUUAAACGUGAAGGAUCUGGUCGUGGUAACUGGGGAACUCCAGAUGAUGAAGUUGCUCCGGACACUGAGGAGCCUGUAACUGAAAAUGAUAAGAAUGUUGUUGCUGAGAAACAAUUGGGAGAGGAAAAUGCUGGUCAUGAUAACAAAGAGAAUCCUGUUAAUGAGUCUGAAGAGAAGGAGCCCGAGGAUAAGGAGAUGACUUUAGAAGAGUAUGAGAAGGUACGUGAAGAGAAGAGAAAGGCUUUGCUUGCAUUGAAGGCUGAGGAAAGGAAGGUUGAUUUGGACAAAGACUUAGCGUCCAUGCAGCAGCUUUCAAGUAAGAAGGGAAAUGAUGACAUCUUUAUCAAACUGGGUUCUGAGAAGGACAAACGUAAAGAUGCUGACAAAGAAGAGAAAGCAAAGAAGUCUGUGAGCAUAAAUGAGUUUCUAAAGCCUGCUGAAGGGGAGAGGUACUAUAGUCCUGGUGGUCGGGGUCGAGGCCGUGGCCGUGGCAGUGGUUCAAGAGGUGGAUUUGGUGGAAGUAGCAGGAGCAAUGUUGGAGCCGGAGCCCCUGCGAUUGAAGAUCAGCGCCAGUUCCCCUCCUUGGGUGGCAAAUGAGAUUUCACCACUUAUUUUGGUGUCUUAUCAUUUCAGGAGUUUGAGUGGCAGGUUAUCCACAGGCAUACUUUAAACCAUCUUUAAUAUUAUGUUUUAAGAGUGCAUAUUUUAGAUAUUAUGUCUUGGACCUGAGAAUUCGUGCAUCAGUUUUGAUUUGAGUAGGUGGAGAACACAGUUAUUUUUGGGCA